AUGGUAUUGCUGGUGCCCAGCACUGUGAUUGACAUAUGGCUGAGGCUCCAUGAAAAGCUGGAUGAGGAUGAUGUCAUGUGGGGCGCCGCCAGGGUUCCCUCCAUAAGGCCUAGUGGAGAAGCAGCAUUCACGGGAAGAGUGACUAGCACCACACCUGGCAGCACUAGUCCUGCACUUGCCUGGACUGUGGCCUCCGUCUCCAAGCUCACCUGCAUCUACUUGGCUCUCAUUCCGCAUGACAAUGAGGUAACUGCCAUGGCCAAUGUCAACUUUAGGAGACUCAUCUGCAAUGUAGGGGCUGGUGGACCUGCUCCAGCAGCUGGUGCUGCACCAGUAGGAGGUCCUGCCCCCUCCUCCACCACUGCCCCAGCUGAGGAGAAGCAGGUGGAAGAAAAGAAAGAAAAAUCUGGGGAGUCCGAUGAUAACAUAGGCUUUGGUCUUUUUGACUAA